AUGCCAUUUCUUGGUCGUCGACAUCGUCGUACACAUCUACGCAACGGACGGUAUUUCACCCACAGAAACAUCAUCAUUGAAAGUGCGCUAAAUAUUGCAAAGGCAAUGAAUAAGCCAGUUAGCGCUUCAAUUACUGGCGGAUGGAAUAUUGCUACUCUGGACAGUACUGAGUUAUAUGAUCCAUCCACAGAUAACUGGACAACAGCAAACAGUAUGAGUAUUGCACGAUAUCAACAUACAGCAACAAUGUUAUCAAACGGAAAGGUUUUAGUUACUGGUGGAGCAUAUACUAGUGUUGUUUAUCUUAACACUGCUGAAGUAUAUGAUCCAUUCACAGGUAAUUGGACAACAGCAAAUAGUAUGAGCAUUGCACGAUAUCAACAUACAGCAACAAUGUUAUCGAAUGGGAAGGUUUUAAUUACUGGUGGGUGGAAUGAUGGUGGUUCUGUCAACGGUGCUGAAAUAUAUGAUCCAUCCACAGAUAGUUGGACACCAGCUAACAAUAUGAGUAUUUCCCGAUAUCAGCAUACAGCAACAAUGUUAUCGAGUGGAAAGGUUUUAGUUACUGGAGGACAGAACGGUGGUUAUCUUACCAGUGCUGAAUCAUACGAAUAA